AUGUGGAGUUUAUCAUGGCAUAAUCUACUCCCCUGCCUCCUCUUCAUGUACUUGAAUUUUCGAGUUACUUUCUCUUUGCCUAUUAAUUCUUCUUCUCCUUCUACAAAACUUUGCUCCCCUGAGCAAAGUUUAGCCUUACUCCAGUUUAAGAAUACCUUGACAAUUGAUAAUAGUUCUUAUUAUGAUUGUGAAGAACAUUCUCAUCCUAAGACAGACUCCUGGAAGGAGAGUACUGAUUGCUGCUCAUGGGAUGGAGUCACUUGUGAUAGCUUCACAGGUCAAGUGAUUGGCCUUGAUCUUUCUUCUAGUUGGAUCCGUGGCACUGUCUAUGACAACAGUAGUCUCUUCCUCCUUCACCGUCUCCAGAAGCUCAAUCUAGCUUGUAAUGAUUUUAGUGAAUCCACUAUCUCAUCCAAGUUUGGUCAGUUCAUGCAACUGACACAUCUUAACCUUUCUCUCUCCGGUUUCUAUGGCCUAAUACCUACUGAAAUCUAUCACCUAGCAGAACUUGUUUCAAUUGAUCUUUCUGGUAACUGGGGGCUUGAAUUACUAGAACUCAGCCAACAUGUUUUCGGUAAGCAAUUGCAGAAUCUAACAAAACUAAGACUUCUUGAUGGUGUGAAUAUGUCUUCAGUUGCUCCUGGCUCCUUGGUGAACCUGCCUUCAACUCUAAUAUCUCUUGUUAUCAGCAAUACACGCCUGCAAGGCAACUUCCCAGAAGACGUUUUUCGCCUUCCAUUCCUCCAAAAGUUCAGUUUAACCGGAAAUGAAUUUCUAACAGGUACUUUACCAAAGUAUAAUUGGAGCUCUUCACUGAGAUUCUUGGAUCUCUCUGGCACAAAUUUCUCAGGAAAGUUACCUGACACAAUCGGCAACCUUAUAUACUUGAAUGUUUUGAAUCUCUCAAGCGUCCCUUUGUACUUCCAUAUGAAGGAUCUUUCUUUCAACAAAUUCAAAGGGCCGAUUCCAACAUCAUUUUGGAACUGCACGGAAAUAACUUCUUUGGAUUUGUCAGGCAACAACUUUACAGGCGAAGUUGCAACGUCAUUAUCUAAACUCAGUCAGCUUAAAAGUUUAAAUCUCAGUGGGAACAAUUUUGAAGGAAAGUUCCCCGAUGUUUUUGGCAAUCUCAGCAAAUUAACUGAUCUAGAUCUUUCAUUGAACAAUUUCAGUGGUCAGUUGCCGUCUUCAGCAUUCAACCUCUCACAGCUUUCUGUUUUAGACUUAUCCAAAAAUCAAGUUGAAGGUCAUAUACCAUUUCAAGAAAGUGGUCUUUCAAAUCUAAUUUCUCUCAAGAUGUCUAAUAAUUUUCUUGCCGGAAGAGUACCAUCUUGGUUGUUUACUCUGCCAUCUUUAGAGACAUUAGACCUUAGCAAUAACAAACUCACAGGUCCAAUUGAGGAGUUCCAUCCGACUGGUUCAGUGAAAGAUGUUUCUUUGAUGAAUAACGAGAUUCGAGGUCCAAUUCCAAAUUCCAUGUUUGAACUCUUAAACCUUACAUCCCUCCACCUUUCAUCCAACAACUUGAGUGACAAUGUUAAUGCAUACAAGUUGUCUAAGCUCAAAAAUCUCGUUUCCAUUGACCUCUCUCACAACACCUUACUAUCAUUUGUUAAUCAGAAAAAUGAAACCUUUACGUUGCCCAGCCUUCAGAGCUUCAGUUGCUCUUCUUGCCACAUAAAUGAAUUCCCUAUUUUCUUAAGAACUUCAUACACCUUGUAUUUCUUAGACCUUUCAAACAAUAGAAUUCAUGGCGAAAUUACUCAAUGGCAAUUUGAAUUGUUUCACAAUUUGUUUUGUUUGAAUCUUUCUCACAAUUUUCUUACGAGUUUCUUCCCUUUUGAAAAAACUUCAAAUAUGAAUCUAUGGGUUCUUGACCUUCAAUCCAACUUGCUCCAAGGCCCACUUGCAAUUUUACAUGCACCAUUGAUGGACACCUUAUUACUUUCCCACAACAUGUUGACGGGAGAGAUCUCUUCGUCAAUUUGCAACUUGAGCAAUAUGCAUGUUCUUGACCUGUCUAACAAUAGCUUAAGUGGAACAAUUCCUCAAUGUCUAGGAAACGCUUCUAGUCUUUCACUCUUGAACCUUGAAAUGAACAAUUUCCAUGGUAACAUCCCCUCAAUAUCUGCAUAUAGCUCCAUUCAAUAUAUCAACCUUAACGACAAUAAUUUGGAGGGAUCAUUACCACCUACAUUGGUUAACUGUUGUGAUUUGGAAGUUCUAAAUGUUGGGAACAACAUGAUAAAUGAUACUUUUCCUCAUUGGUUUGCAAAGCUUCCACGGCUAAAAGUUCUAAUAUUGAGAUCUAAUAGAUUUCAUGGUUCCGUUGGAAAAUCAAAGACAAGAUUAUCAUUUCAUAAGCUACGAAUAAUUGAUAUCUCUCACAAUCAGUUCACAGGUACUUUGCCAACAAGAUUUUUUGAGAAAUUUAAUAUGAUGGGCGGGAAAAAAUUUACAGGUCAAUUGGAAUAUCUGGUAGUGGAAAUGCUUUCACCGUUUCGAUUCAGCUAUUGGGAGCUUCCGCAUUAUUAUUUAUAUUAUUCAAUUGUUUUAACAAUGAAAGGUGUUGAUAGAGAAAUAGACAGAAUUCAAAACGUUUUCACAAUGAUGGAUUUGUCAAACAACCAAUUUGAAGGACAAAUUCCUAAAGCUAUUGGAAAGCUUAAUUACCUGCAGGCCCUCAACUUGUCUCAUAAUAAUCUUACAGGUCAUAUUCCACCAUUAUUGGAAAAUUUGACACAACUUGAAUCAUUGGACUUCUCCUUCAACAACUUCGUUGGAGAGAUUUCUAAUCAGCUGACAAGUCUAAAAUUUCUUUCUAUGUUUAACCUUUCAUACAACCAACUUGUUGGAUCCAUACCUCAUGGAUAUCAAUUUGAUACAUUUCAAAAUGACUGUUAUAUUGGAAACUUUGGGUUGUGUGGAUCCCCAUUGUCAAGGAAGUGUAUUCCUGAUAAGCCACCAUCUCCAAUACCAUCAAUCUACCAUGAAGAAGAUGAUGAGUCGAGCUGGUUUGAUUGGAAAAUUGCCUUGAUGGGUUAUGGAUGUGGACUGGUGUUGGGCUUAUCCAUUGGAUAUAUUGUAUUCACAACAAGAAAACCGCAAUGGUUCGUAAGGAAGAUUGAAAGAGUAAGUCUGAGAAACAUGAGGAAAGUUGAAAAAAGGCCUCCAAGAAGAAGAAAUUAG